CAUGGAGGACGAAACAUUCUGUGGCGGAUCCCUGAAAGAACUUUCCCUGAAAUGUUUUCCCGAACUCAUUAAAUCACUCAGAAAGGAAAUUCCACGAUCGUUAGCGAUAUUGGGAUGCCUUGAGCAAAUGAAGCAAAGUCCAGAGGUAACAAGUGGUCGCAUCUAUGUAAGCCAUUGGCCUGACCCUGACCUAGUAAUAUUUGAAAAUAUAGCUUAUCAAGCAUUGAUUGAUUGUAGAAUUCCUCCAUCUGUAAUUUUCGCAAGUUGUUCCAGAGAGAAGCUGAAAAUGACACUGGAUAGAAGUCAUCUCAGCAGGUUUACAUCCUCACCAGAAAUACUUGUGGGUGACCCCAGAUGUUUAGAUAUAGGAAAUGAGAUCACUAAAUUGAAUGGAAGUGGACUUCAAGUCACUCUUAAAGCACUCCCAUAUAUCGCUGCAUUGAUUGAUGUCACUAACUUAGAAAAACAUGAAUGUCCACCUGGUUACUUCAUAGCCCCUUUGAGGCUUCAAGAUGCAGUCCUAAUUGAUGGAAGCUGGAAAUUUGGGGGCAACCCUAAUUCUUUGAAGAUAUUUAAAAACUUGAUUUCCCACUCAGUUACUGCUGGGGUGUAUUGUCAAGACACUGACAAGCUUGUCUCAUGGGGGUUGAUUUCGCAAUAUGGCUGCAUUUCAAUGCUCCAUACAUUAGAAUGUCACAGAAGAGGUGGAUUGGCCAUGGCUGUCGUCUACCAUCUUGCUAAAACCCUUUUGGAUCAAGGAAGAACAGUAUUCUGCUUCAUAGAAGAAGAGAAUAAAAACUCCAAACAACUUUUUUGUAAAAUGGGACUUAAAAUUUUCCCAAGUGAUUACGUAGCGUUUUUAAAUACAUCCUAAAGAUAGGUGUACAGGGCAAUGAGAUCGAUGAUUUUCCACUAAUUCCUCACGGUUCCAUAGGAAUGGCGAGAUUAGGUUUCGCCUUCGUUAUUAUUUUCCUUUUUCUUCGUCAACCACAAAACGCAGUCACGUGGUCAAACUACUGAAUCACGUGAUCAACAGCUGUCACGUGAGAUCGACAUCGUGCUUUAGUCGGUAGUCGCUUCAUUUCGCUUUGCUGUUCACUAUUUUAAGAUACGGAUUCAGUGUCUUUAAGUACCCUCAGUGUCUUUAAAUAUGCUCAAGUCGCUCACAAAUGCACACACCGUUUGCGGUAUGGCCACACUAAAAGAUGUCGAGCGUUUUCGGAAAGGGCAUUUGAUUUUGAGAGAUAUCGCGAACAUAUUGUGAAACUUAUCGACUCCAAAUAAGUUAGUUGUCUAUUCAAAAGCAAAUUCUAUUCUAUCUCAUGCCAACUCUAACAGCACAAAGGACUUCAAUGCUAAAUGUACACAAAGCUUUCAUGAUGAACGAAAGACUAUUUGGAAGCGUUGUGACAGGCGCCAUGAUGGCAGCCACGAAUUUUGCUCUCCGCAAUUUGUGUCUAAUUCUGCUGCUGUGUUCUGGUUUUUUAAGUUUAUUUCACCAUGUCGGUACUGCUAAGGAACAUGCUUUAUAACCAGCCUUCCGUUGGAUACCGAGGUUUAACUUCCCCAGAGAUAUUCCGAGCUACAACCCAAGUCGACCGAUCCGGCGUUAGCUGGAACAAACGCGGCUUCGUGUGCCUCUUCCUGCCUUCCUCUGAUGUAACUCUCUGUUUUGACGUUGAAAGAAAUCCUGGUCCUUGUUGUUCUUCGUUGAAUAAUACGGCCCAUUUUACUACAAGCUCUUACAAUGUUCGUGGACUUGACCUGAGACAUCUGAAGCAUUAUCAACCUUCGUGCAUAUCUUACGAGAGAAACUGUCUCUUCGUCAUUGGAGUAAGCACUAUUGUUCGCCUGCAUUUCUGGGGAAGUUAAAAGCUAUGAAUCUUUUGAGAUACCGGGGGAAGCUUGCUGGAAGGUCGAAGAAACAAAAAUCAGCGGGAAAUGGUCUUAGGAUUCCUGUGAUGUGUUCUGGUCGUCGUCAUUACCACGUUUCAUUAAAUUUUCAAAAUGCCACUUCAACGUUACAAAUCUGUGAAUCACGCCCUUUAGAUGUCAAUAGGCACAACUUAAUUUGUAUUCGUCCGGAUCCAUUGCAGUCUAAGUUAUCGACCAUUGUACCUUUGGAUUUUUGCUUUUUGAAUUCUCGAACUUGAACUUGAACUUUAUUUUUAUUUAGACACGGUAA